AUGAAAUUAAAACAACUUCAGAGUCUAUUAGAAGGUUUCGAAGGUCCUCCAGAACCUAAAAUUGAAUUUGAACAAUAUCCAACACCAGCAAGACUUGCUGCAGAAGUUAUUUUUGAUGCUUCCACCUUAAGAGGUGACAUUGAAGGAAAAAUUGUAGCCGAUCUUGGCUGUGGAUGCGGAAUAUUAUCAAUUGCUUGCCUUGUUAUGGGUGCAAAAGAAGUUCAUUCAUUCGACCUCGAUCCUGUUUCCAUCGAAGCCGCUAAAAGAAAUCUUGAUUUGCUAGAGUUUGAUGAACCACCACCAAUUUUCUUCCAUGAAUGCGAUGUUACAAAACUUGGAGAUGAACAAAAGUUUGAUACAGUUGUCAUGAACCCUCCAUUUGGCACUAGAAACAAAGGUGUUGAUAUGACAUUCCUUCAGGUUGCUUCAAAGAUUUCAACUGGCGCCAUUUAUUCUUUCCAUAAAUCAUCAACACGUAAUCAUAUAUUAAAUAUUGCUGCUCCUAAGUUCGGUUUGCGUGGUGAGCUCGAAAUGGAAGUUAAUUUCGACCUCAAGAAACUUUACAAGUUCCAUAAAAAAGAUAUUAAAGCUGUCGAAGUUGACAUUUACCGAUUUGAGCAUAUUCCUACCCAAGCACUACCAAAGCCACAAUAA